GUUCCCCUUCGGCCGUGCGCGCCUCCAUGCGCGCACACGCCAGCUAUUGUGUUUUUAUUAGGGCCAUACUGGGAGUCUGAGUUUGACAAUUUAAGGUCUCAAAUCAUGGCGGAAGAGCAAGAAAUCAUGUGCAAAUUAGAAAAUAUAUUAGAGAUAAGGAACAAAACCAUCCAAAUGCAGAAGAUCAAAUCUCGCCUGAAGACAGAGUUUGACUCUCUGGAGUCUGAGGAGAAGCACCUGAAGGAGUACAAGCAGGAGAUGGACCUGCUGCUCCAGGAGAAGAUGGCCCACGUUGAGGAACUGCGGCUCAUCCACGCUGAUAUCAAUGUGAUGGAGAGCACCAUCAAGCAGUCUGAGAACGACCUGAACAAGCUUCUGGAGACCACCCGGCGGCUGCACGAUGAGUACAAGCCCCUGAAGGAACACGUGGACGCGCUGAGGAUGACCCUGGGCCUGCACAGACUCCCCAACCUCAACGAGGAAGAGGAGAAGCUCUCCCUGGAUUACUUUGAGAAGCAGAAAGCCGAGUGGCAGAAGGAGCCCCAUGAGCCCGCCAUCCCUGAGUCCCUCGCAGCGGCGGCGGCUGCAGCUCAGCAGCUACAGGUCUCCAGGAAGCAAGACGCCCGCCAGACAGCCACAUUCAGGCAACAGCCUCCCCCUAUGAAGGCUUGCCUCUCGUGCCACCAGCAGAUCCACCGGAACGCACCCAUAUGUCCCUUGUGCAAGGCCAAGAGCCGCUCCCGCAACCCAAAGAAGCCCAAGAGGAAACCAGACGAAUAGGUGCGCCGAUCCUCUGGGUUCUCUGUUCAUGUUCAAAGGCAACAGGUCCGGUACGCCGAUCUUAUGGGUCAGCAAUGGAUAUUUUCUAUUUGUUUUUGUUUUUUUAGGUGAAGCCUGACUGUCUCUAAAAAGCUGUUUCCAUAAUACAGUUUUAGCAAUGACUAUACCACAUAACCUGUACUAACGAUCUGUGUUUAUAUGUAACCAUAACUGUGUAUUAGGUUUACUUGCCAUGGACCGAACUGCUGCCAAAAUUGAAGAAAGAAGGAAAUAAUAAAACUGUGUCGUAGUAGUAGUUGUGAAGUAUUGCUCAUAUUGUUGUUUAUUCACUUAAAAUAUCUUUUUCAACUUUUUAAUUUAACUGUUAUUCGAAAGCAUGUUUCUAUGGAUUACUGUCUCGUAUUUCUGUGACCAUAGAAAGACCUCAGUAGGUUUAUCGGACAUGUUGAAUUAACUGUAAUGUUGUUUAAAUGUUUAUGUCGUACACGUGACCACAACCUGGAACGUGAGGUAAAAAAAAGGGACUUAUAUGCUUUGAAUGGUGUUGUGUGUUAAAACUUUAAUACAAUACAAAAAAAAAUAAAUGGCUGUUUUGUACUCAAA